UCAUCUUUUUUUACUUUUCUUAGUUUCUCCGCAAACUUUGGUGAAAUCAUGAAGUUUUUAACUAGUGGAGAAUAUUUUUUGACCAAUAAAUUUGCAAAAAAGAGUUCCAGGUAUUCGGUUGUCACUUCAAUCACGGAUCAAGUACACAUAAAACUAAUGACAAGAUUUAAAUUUUUAAAACCAAUAUACGCACAUUUUUUUGCCAUUGUGUUUACCGUUUAGGACAAAAGGUUGUUCCGAAACCCGGGAAGUUAGGAAUGGAGACGAAUUCGCUAGACUUGGCUGUCUGCAUUGUGUCGAUUUUGGGGACCUUGUACUGCAUAAUGCCACAGCUGAGGACGUUUAAAGCCGCCUUGAACCUUACGGCGGAUCAGGAGCAGUUAUGCAAAACUUUUACCUGGAUUACAAUUUCUGAGUACGUCGCAAUGGCAGUAUAUAUCGCAGUUGUGAGCGCAAUAUUGAUGAAGAUUUGCAGUCUUUGGGCUACACCUGGUACAGGGCAAGACUUGUCCCCACCCAAAAAAGUUCCCAAGCUACGAGAACUAGGUUCAACCGAGCCAGGCAAACCGGCCAGAAUCCGCACCCUUUUAAGCGAGAAACAAGUUCACACAUUGCGCACCUGUUACGCCGCUAACCCGCGACCAGACGCUUUGAUGAAGGCACAAUUGGUGGAAAUGACUGGCCUAAGUGAACGUAUAAUUCGAAUUUGGUUUCAGAACAAAAGGUUCAGAAUAAAAGACGGGGGUAAGGAUAAGAAGAAGCAUAUUCUUCUGAAGAGAAAGACCCAGGCCGAAGAAAAGGAUCUAAUUGGAGCUGGAAUUGUAACUGAGACCGGGGCCAGGGACGAUCUCGAACAAAGUGAGCGUUUCGUAACAUGGACGGACGAGAAACCGACAGCUGAAUUUGGCCGAAACAAAUCCUAAUCUCAAUCUCAUUAUUUCACUUAAACUCAAAUAAUGGUUCUUGAAUAACGAUAAAAUUGACUCUUACGCCUAGAAUUGGCUGAUACUACA